UUGUUUUUUUUUUUGGGGGGGGGGACUACUGCGUCGAAUGUAACAUUUGACCUAAAAACAGUUUUCUGUCGUGUUAAUAUGGGGCAUGUUUAGCCACAAACAUUCAAGUCGUCGUUGUCUCCGCUCGCGCGGUUACAUUUAAGAUGUCAGAGUGACUCCUCUCAUUCGGACUUCCUUCUUGGACCAUUCGGUCACAACACAAGGUGGGGCACGAAAAGUCUGCUACUAGUUCAACUUGACACGCUGUAUGGCGGAUAACUUUGCCUACAAGUGAAAAAAGUACUAGCAGGUAUAGCUGCGAGGCAUCAUGGCCUCGAGCAAAAACAAGAGCCAGACGUCUCUGGCGCUCCACAAGGUGAUCAUGGUGGGCAGCGGCGGCGUGGGAAAAUCCGCCCUCACGCUGCAGUUCAUGUACGACGAGUUUGUGGAAGAUUAUGAGCCCACCAAGGCCGACAGCUACAGGAAGAAGGUGGUCUUAGAUGGAGAGGACGUUCAGAUUGACAUCCUGGACACGGCGGGGCAGGAGGACUAUGCCGCAAUCAGAGACAACUACUUCCGCAGCGGGGAAGGCUUCCUGCUCGUUUUUUCCAUCACAGAACAGGAAUCCUUCGCAGCCACUUCAGAGUUCAGGGAGCAGAUUUUACGUGUGAAAGAAGAGGACGCCAUUCCCAUGCUACUUGUGGGGAACAAGUCGGACUUGGAGGAACGGAGAAAAGUUUCUGUUGAUGAGGCGGCAGCGAAAGUCAAUGAAUGGGGCGUUCAGUAUGUGGAGACGUCAGCCAAAACCAGAGCCAAUGUGGAUAAGGUGUUCUUUGACCUUAUGCGUGAGGUGCGCAAGAAGAAAAUGGCUGAGAGCAAAGACAAAAACGGGCCAAGUGGAAAGAAGAAAAAAAAGCGCUGCCACAUACUUUAACAUGCCAAAGAACACACUGAGAACACAAAUGCUGCAGAUGUCUGACCGCCACCUGGCCAACACCUUUUUAAUCAGGACCGCCACUCCAGCCUGAAAUCAUGUCACAGGAAGUCACCUGAACUGGCCUGUUCCUCAAUUACAACACAGGUCACAGUUGUGAUUAUUCGCACUACCUGUCUGUGUGAGGAACGCUGCUUGCUUCCGUGUUCUCUUCAGUUUCACAUCACACUUUUAGGAAUAAUUCUCACUCUCUUCCCACGCUUAAGCCUUUACCCUCUUAAUAUUACACAGAUCACGUCUGAAUCAACGCGUAUGUUCACUACAGACAUUAUUAGAUGACAAAAACAUUAUUAAUAAUAAAAGAACCUCACUUAUGUUUUGUACUUCUGUUUGAAUUAGUUAUCAUUCAGUACAGUUCUGAAACAUUCUUUUUCCACCAGAUGAUGCUGGAAAUCUUCCUUUCAACCAAUUGUUCAAAGGCAACAGCUAUUUGCCUGUGCCACAAUCGUCAUAUUUCCCUUCCUGCGGGUCGUCUUUAAACGCAUGAAACAAUUUCUGUUUGAAGCAAGUCAUUUGUAAACAUUUGGCCUUUUGAAUCACAGGGUUUCGGCUUAAGUCAAGCUGUGUACAAAAUGUAAAAUAGCAACAUGUUGAAGAAAUGCUAUGCAAUGCUUUCUGGUUACUUUUGGAGUGCCCUUGAGCAAGGCACUUGAUUACUCCCUAGUUAAAGAAGUGUAGCAAUGUUUGUGCUUUGCCUGUUUCACGAUGAUGUGAGUGUGGUGUGAAAUUUGGUUACUUGCCACAGCCCACAGGGGCUGACAUUUAAUUGAGAGACAGUAACAGCAUUCCACUUUUUUUACUCAUUUAUUGUGUCUUGAAAAUAAGUCAAGACGCAUGGAUUUAAUACAGAAACAAACAAUAGCCACAAGACAGCAACACCUUUGGAGGUUUUUUUUUAAAAAAGAUGCUUGGAUAAACAAGACAAAUGUACAUUUUUAAUCUAGAGAAGUGUCAACACAAACGGCAGGACCAAAACCUUGACCAUGUUUUCAAAUACAACUGGGUUAUGUUAUAAAACAAUAUUGACAGUAAAAAAAAAUAAGUGAAUAAAUGGAAGUGUUAAGCAUUA